GUUAUGAAAAAGAGACGAUUCUUAUCUCACAAUAUUACGAGGUUUUAAGUUCAGUUAAUUGUUUAAGGCCACUUCUCAUUUUUGUCUAUAGAGGUGUAUGAUAGCUGAAAAUGUCUCGUCACUCUGUUCUGACAUUUCUGGUUUCUCUUGGAUUAGCUUCAUGCGCAGGCGCUCGGUGCCCUGACGGGUUCUUGACCCACGGGGAAAAGUGCUACCAUUUCAGCCAUGACACAGAGACAUACAGCGGAGCUAGGGCAAUUUGUAGCGAGGACCUCGGCAACGGUUAUUUGGUGGAAAUCGACUCGAUGGAGGAAAACAACUUUCUCGCGGGGGAAGCAAAGCGCCUUAAUCAAUAUUACCGAAUUGGCCUGAACGAUUUAGCAGAGGAGGGGCAGUGGGUGUGGAGCCACUCUCUUAGACAUGCCGAGUUCACCAAGUGGACACCUGGGGAACCAGACAAUUGGACGAAUGACGAGAACUGCGCACAAUUGAGGCCUGACGGAGACUGGAACGACAUUCCAUGCUCUCAACUGAAGAACUACAUUUGUGAGACGGAUGCCUCUCAGGAACCGAGACCAGUGGGUUGAAAAUUGGUCGCAUUUCAUCAAAGAUACAGUGUACGGUGCAAAUAAACUCCACUUCUUUAGUUCAAAUGAAAUAAAAAAAUCAAUGUGAA